AUGAGAUUUUCGCGAUUGCCGCGUCUCGAUAUUUUCCCCGAAAAACUUUUGCCCGCGUUUACCAAUUACGCGGAUAGCGUCCACGAAAGAUCGCACCCGAAAGCCGAAGCGCGUGCCGGCCGCGCUGGCGUCAUCGCGUGCCCCGGCCCCCGCUCCGCAAGGUCAAGGUACUUAUUGUUCUUUCUGGUCAACCGAACAUCUCAAAAGUCCACUCUACAGCUGAUCUGUAUACCGCGACAACCAGUCCCUUACAAAGAUUUGACCUUACAUAGCAAAGAUUACGUGGAUCGAUCGACAUUGUUUACACUAAGCUGCCAGGGGCAACAGUAA